AUGGUCCACUUGAUCCUUGGUUUGGAUGACGUAGGCGUCAUUUCUCGAAUGAACUCGGUGAGGACAUGGGAUUUUAUGGAUUUCCUAGAUUCAAAGGUGAUAUCGAACUUCAAGAGCUCAAGUGUCAAUUUCUUCAUUCUUCAUACGAGAUCUGCAAGUAAAUUGGAAAUAACCGUUUUAAUAGCUUCAACCUUCCUUGGAGAAUGUUUCUACGACGUUGGGCUAUUGGUUGGGCAUUCGAGGUGCAUAGUUAGCUUGUGGCAAGCGACUUCAGGAUCUAUGUCAGGCAUCUCUACUUCAGUCCAUGCAAAUAUGUUGACAGACUCUUUCAGGCAAGUGACCAUCUGGCCCUUGGGCUCAUUAGGUACAUCUAUUUUGAUUCUUAUGGCUCUUCCCAAAAUGUCUCAUAUCAAGGUUAUGGUAAAUUCUCCAACCGGUGUAGGUCUUUUCAUUGACUUUCCAAAAGCAGUGGGGUUGCUUUCUACCAGCAAUUCGUCAAGUGGUGCUUCUAGUAAUUUUAUUUCUUUUGGUAGUUCCAGUUUUCUUGAUAUGUUUGAUCUCUCUGCAAGUUUUGCUUCUGGUGAUAUGUGUGAUUUCUUUCCAAGUUUAUCUUAUUUUGAUACUCCAGAUUUUUCUGAUAUUUCUGGUUCAUCUGAUAAUUCUGGUUCUGAUCAUCUAGCCUUUCAGCUUUCUUCCAAGAGUCACUUGGCUUCUAAGAUCUGCAACAAAAACAAUUUUAUCCUUUGGGACCCAAAUCUGGUUGGGUCUUGGUUUGUUAGUUCUGUAAGACGCAGAUUGGCAGUGGCUUCAGUGCAAAAUGCGCUUUCGGUGCAGAUUGGCAGUGGCUUCAGCGCGAAAUGCACUUCAGACGCGCUCCAAGCGCACAACAUCUUUUGUCUGGAGUUUAGUGCAUGUUUCUCCUCUUUUGAUUCCGAAGUUGGUUUCAAUGCCUUCAUCAAAGUUGUAGCUAUGCUUCAUAGCUUUCAGUUGCAUUUGACCCAGGUUGCAGCAGAAGCUUUGGCUGAAAGAGGUAGCAGUAAACUCCUUGGAAUAAGGUUCCUUCAAUACUUAAAAGGAAGUCCCGUUUCCUUCAAAACCCACCAAGCAAUUGUUCUUAUUGUAACAUUUUUAGCUUAUGCUAGUUAUCAUGCAACUAGAAAAACCACAAGUAUAGUUAAGAGUGUCCUUGAUCCACAAUCAUCAUCAACUACAGGCUUGAGUUUCUUUCCUUAUAGGAAGUCGAAGCAACUUUCUUGGAGCCUUGGAGAUGGUUGGGCGCCGUUUAACGGAUCUGACGGGACGUCCCUUCUUGGAGAAUUGGAUGUUGCUUUUCUUGCUGUGUACGCUUUCGGGAUGUACUUUUCGGGACAUUUCGGCGACAGAUGUAAUUUGAGGAUUUUUUUAACAAUUGGGAUGUUAGGAACUGGUUUGUUCACUUCGUUAUUUGGAGUAGGGUAUUGGGGGAAUAUUCACAAUUUCUACUAUUAUUUAGUUGUUCAAAUGAUUGCGGGUUUGUUUCAAUCGACCGGAUGGCCAUCGGUAGUUGCUGUUUUGGGUAAUUGGUUUGGGAAGCGAAAGAGAGGGCUGAUCAUGGGGAUUUGGAAUGCUCAUACUUCUGUUGGAAACAUUGCAGGCUCUUUGAUAGCUUCGGCUAUGUUGGGAAAUGGAUGGGGAUGGUCCUUUGUUGUCCCGGGAUUAAUAAUGUCUUUCCUUGGUUUUGUCGUUUUAUUAAUAUUGCCUGUCUCGCCUGAGUCUGUUGGAGUCGUGGAAGAUGAAGAUAAUUGUCCCAAGAAAAGCGUAGACGAUGUCACAGAACCUCUGUUAAAGGAGGAGAAAGAGAAAGCAGUAGGGUUUGUCGAGGCGUGGAAAAUUCCCGGGGUUGCUCCUUUUGCUUUUUGUCUCUUUUUCGCCAAAUUGGUUGCUUAUACAUUCCUCUAUUGGCUACCAUUCUAUGUUAGCCACACAGCUAUUGAUGGAAAAUAUCUAUCUAGUGAGACAUCAGGAUCACUAUCGACUUUAUUUGAUGUUGGAGGGGUGCUCGGAGGAAUUCUAGCUGGCCACAUAUCUGACCGGUUAGAUGCUAGAGCCAUAACAGCAGCAAGUUUCAUGUACUGUGCAAUCCCCGCUCUCUACUUCUAUCGAAGUUACGGGCACAUUUCACUGGUUGUAAACGGAUCAUUGAUGUUCAUCACCGGUAUGUUUGUAAAUGGGCCUUACGCUCUUAUAACAACUGCAGUUUCGGCUGACCUGGGAACACACAAGUCAUUGAGGGGAAACUCACGAGCUCUUGCAACCGUCACGGCUAUUAUUGACGGAACAGGUUCUAUAGGGGCUGCAAUCGGACCUUUAUUAACAGGGUACAUCUCCGCGAGAAGCUGGAGCGCAGUUUUCACAAUGUUGAUGGCAUCGGCUUUAAUCGCAGGACUAUUUCUCACCAGGCUUGUAGUGUCCGAGGUGGCAACAAAGAUUGAAGAGUCAAGGUCUAAUAGAGCACCUGAAUGUUCACUCGACGUAUAACAUUCUAUGGACUCGUCACCGUAAUAUAUACUUCGUGGCUGCGUGUUUAUUCCGAGAGUGCCUAUGAAGUCUCAUUCAUAGCUUCAGGUCAUUAAAAUGAAAAAAGAGCAUGACCAAAUAGUGUUUAAAAAUGUAGAGAAUGUCUUAAACUUUCAACCUACAUCAUAAUAAUUGAGAGUGGGUUGAGAACUUGAGAUGUUAUGUGUUUGUACAUUAUCUGAUAUACUAUACCCAAUCAAUCACCCAUUUUAGUAUAGUUUUUCAUCCUUUCAAAAACUGCUUGUAGCUUUUGAAGUUUGGAAGUCAACCACAUUGUUUGGACUUUGGAGGUCACCCGAAUGAAAGUUGUGAGUUUAUACAAAUUGAUCUUUGUAGCAUUUUUCAAUGAUAAGGUUCAUGCUUCUGUGAAUUUUACUUAAAGACCCUAAUUUGGAUUUCUACUUAGAAAUUGUAAAUGAUGUUGCUUAAGAAA